AUGGCUUCGCACCAUCGCGCCACAGCUGGCAGCUCGUGGGCGACCUCGUCCGUGUCCAAUUGGGGCCAGCCUGCGACCGCCAAGGAGACGCUCGUCGCUUACAUCGACCGAGCAUGCGAUCCUUCGCUGCAUGAGCCGAACCUCUCGCUCGAACUCGAGAUUGCCGACCUCAUCAACAGCAAGAAGGCGAAUACCCCGCGAGAUGCCGCCGUCGAGGUCGUCAAGCUGGUCAACCACCGGAACACCCAUGUCGCGAUGCUGGCCCUUCAUCUACUCGACAUCCUCGUCAAGAACUGCGGCUACCCCUUCCACCUCCAAAUCAGCACGAAAGAGUUCCUCAACGAACUCGUCCGUCGCUUCCCCGAACGGCCACCGACCUUUCCCCCACCCCCGAUGAAGAAGAUCCUCGAGCUCGUGCACGAGUGGAAGAACACGAUCUGCGUCACGAGCAAGCACAAGGAGGACUUGGUGCAUAUUCGGGACAUGCACAGGCUGCUUAGCUACAAGGGCUACCGAUUCCCGCAGUUCGACCGACAAGCAGUCUCUGUCCUCAACCCGACAGAGAGCCUGCAAACCCCGGACGAGCUGGAAGAGGAGGACCGAGAAGCGCAGGCAGCGAAAUUGCAAGAGCUGAUCCGACGAGGGACGCCAAAGGACCUGGCUGCGGCGCAAGAGUUGAUGAAGAUUAUGGCCGGGGCGGAACCGGAGAAGAAACCGAACUACGAGGAGCAAGUCUCGAAGGAGCUCGACAGGGUGCAGCAGCGCGUCUUGUUGCUCAACGAGAUGCUCAAUAACGCGAAUCCGAAGGAACGGUUCGUCGAGGGUGAUGCGUAUGACCAAAUCGCCCAGAAGUGCCGGCACGUCCAGCCCAAGCUGCAGAAGUGGAUCGCCGACAGCUCCGAAAACCACCCCGACUCGAUGGACCGCCUCCUCCUGAUCAACGACUUGAUCAAUAACGUCAUCAAGCGGUACGAGGCUUUCAAAGCGGGCGAUCGGAGCGCCACGGCAGAGAUUGAUCCUGCACUCGCCACGGGGUCAGCAGGCGCUAAAGCCCGCACACAGGCGAAACAAGUCUCGCUUAUCGACUUUGACGACGACGAGGCUUUCGCUGCGCCAUCCCCAUCUCCUGCUCCGACCCCUUCUCAAGCUCAACCGGGAGCAAGGUCGAACCCGCUCGACGAUCUGGCGAGCUUGUCACUUGGUCCUUCCGCACCCGCCGGAGGAGCGGGAGCAGGGAGCUUGUUUGACCUGAACGCCGCCUUCUCCACUCCCACUCCCUCCUCCUCCACCGCACCUCCUCCUUCCUUCUCCACCGGAACCACCACCUCCGCGCCCUCCACACCACAACAAGGGACUUUCUUCUCCAACCCCGCCUACCAAACCUCGUCUAUGUCUAUGGCGCGGGGUUCGUCGCCUUUCGGAGGGGGAGGCGGGAGUCUCGGGAGUAUCGCGCUUGGCUCGUCGGCGAGUAUGGGUGCGAUGCGCGCGGGAGGGAUGGGGGGAGGGCCGCCUGUACCCCCGAAGAAGGAGGGGAAGAGCAAGGACGCAUUUGCGGAUUUGUUGGGUGACUUUUAA